GUCAACACAACUGCAGUCUCUCUCUCUCUAUCUCUCUGAGCAAGUGCAACACUUGUCCUCUAUCCCUCUGUGUCUGUGCAUCAUUUCUUUUAUUUUUCAUCAUGAACUCCGCUUUUGACAAUAUAGAUGCUGCUGGUUUUCUACAGAUCUGGCAACACUUUGAUGCUGACGAUAAUGGCUACAUUGAAGGGAAAGAGUUGGAUGACUUUUUCCGACACAUGCUGAAAAGAUUAGGGCCAGAGGAUAAGAUAACAGAGGAGAAAGUGCAGCAGGUUAAGAAGAGGUUCAUGUCGGCUUAUGACGUCACAGCUGAUGGACGCUUGCAGAUCCAGGAGCUGGCCAAUAUGAUCCUGCCGGAGGAUGAGAACUUCUUACUUAUCUUCCGCAGAGAGGCACCGCUAGAUAACAGUGUGGAUUUUAUGAAGAUCUGGAGGAAAUAUGAUGCUGACAGCAGUGGUUACAUAUCAGCUGUGGAGCUGAAGGGUUUCUUGAAGGACCUUUUUAAUCAGCACCAGAAGAGUGUUUCCUCCAGCAAACUGGAUGAAUACACCGAUGCCAUGAUGAAUAUUUUUGACAAAAACAAAGAUGGCAGAUUGGACCUCAAUGACCUGGCAAGAAUCUUGGCUCUGCAAGAAAACUUCCUGUUGCAGUUCAAAAUGGAUGCCAAGAGUCAAAAGGAGAGAAAGAGAGACUUUGAGAAGAUCUUUUCCCACUAUGAUGUUAGCAAGACUGGAGCUCUUGAAGGACCAGAGGUAGAUGGCUUCGUCAAGGAUAUGAUGGAGCUUGUCCAGCCCAGCAUCAGUGGUGCAGAUCUGGAUAAAUUACGUGAAAUCCUGCUGCGUCACUGUGAUGUUAAUAAAGACGGAAAGAUCCAGAAGAGCGAGCUGGCCCUUUGUCUGGGGCUGAAGCUGAAUCCAUAGUCUUUAUAGUGCACACUUCUAUACUUCUACUACAAAUGACUACAUUUUCAAAACUGUACGCAAGAGGCUUGUUUCUCACUCUGCAUUUUAUGGUAUUGUGAAAUCAAUUAUUUAAGAUAAUGUAAUAAUACUUCAAAAUUGUCUAUAUUAGCAUGUAUAAGGAAUUUGAACUUGUUAUGUGUGUUAAGAAAUAAAGCAUCAAAACAGA